UUUGAGUAUCCUAUGCUUGUUAGUGCUUACUUUCAAAAGCAAGAUUCCUCUCACCACAUCAACAUUUUGAGUUACAAUUACAUCAUAUCUACAUAUCAGCAACACAAAAGUGAAUUUUUUAUCAUUUUUUCUUCUGAAUGGAACUUGGAGCUAAUAGAAGUGGAAGCAAAAUUUCUUCAUUUGAGAGAGUGGCAGCUAUAAGCUUGGUAGUUUUAGCUGUGGCUUCUCCUCUUUACAUAGACCACAAAUCAGAGAGUGAGUUGGAAGAUGAUGAACAAACUAUUAGUAUUGCUUUUUGGUUACCUAUGCUUCUUUUUGUAUUGGUUUUAGUCAUAGCUUUAUCAGCUUUUUUGGAUAGAAGCUUCACAAGGUUUGAUCGUAAUUGGAUUCAUAGAGUUGGUGGUUCUUCUGGUGGUAUUGUUUUGAUUCUUAUUAUUCUCUUUCUUGUUUUGAAGUUUAAAGCAUCUUUGUAAGAACUUGGCAUGCUUAAUAUGUUGUAAUAUUACAAUAUAUUCAUCAACUUAUUUUUUUCUAAUGUCUGUGAAGGAAAGACUACUUGAUCAUCA